GUUUUAAAACCAUCUGCGAAUCAGAUGAUUACUAAUUUUAACAUCGGAGUCCUUUGAUCGACGAACAUACGCCUAUGUCGUCGACUGGUAGCCAGUACAACAUUCUGUACUACUCGAUGGCAGCGAGUAAUUCUCUUCUAACAGGAAUUUUGUCAAGGGAGUUAUAAAUUCAACAAUUUCCUCGAGGAAAUAAUGAUUGCAACAGACAUAAACACGAAUUCAAGCGAGGACACGAUGGAUGAUGGAUCGUACAUUCAAUAUCUUCCUAUUGAAGCAGCAUUUCAAGCCAUGUCUUUAAUAAUUAUUAUGCUCGUGGCCAUAGCCGCAAAUACAAUGAAUAUUAUUGUGGUGUACAGAAAUUCCAACAUGCAGACGCCUCGUUAUAUGUUUAUAAUGAAUUUGGCUGUCGGCGAUUUAGGAGUGACACUUCUUUCAAUGCCUUUCUCUCUUGUGACAUGUAUAUCUCGACGAUGGAUCAUGAGCGACUCAUUAUGUCAACUCCAUGGUUUCCUCGGCUCGUUUUUUUUCUGUGUGUCGAUAUUUACGCUUACAAUAAUGAGUAUUGAGCAGUAUUAUUCUCUUGUCAAGCCUCUAUCACGUACAAUAACAAUUCGUCGGGCGUGGUACAUGAUUGCCGCUGCAUGGAUCUUGUCUACCCUUCUGUCCAUGGGGCCUGAGGUGGGCUGGGGUCAUUUCGCGUACAACUCUAGCACGCUAUCUUGCGGGGUGGCCUUUCCGCGAUCGACUUUAGAGAAGAUGUAUCUCUUAUUUCUUGUCUUGAUAGCAUUUGUAAUCACGUUGCUAAUUAUGGCCUAUGCUUAUAUCAGGAUUUUAUUGACAGUUCGGAAACACACAGACAGAAUUGCAAGGUACACCAAAGGAGGGUUGGAGGUGAUGAGGCUACAAAGACGAAUAACCUACACGUUGCUACUUGUACUGCUCGUGUUUAUCUUAUGUUGGCUUCCAUUUGUUUUCUUGAUUGUUCUAGCCACACGAAACACAAGUGUCAAGGAAUUGCCAUACGGUCUCGGUGUUGCUGCCUACUGGUGUGGCUUUUUUAAUUCUUCAGUGAACCCGAUUAUCUUUGUUAUCAGAAACGAUCGCUUCCGGGAAGGUUACCGUGAGAUUCUUAGCGAGAUCUGGUACGGACUGCAAUGCAAACGACCGCCGAAAAUACGAACACCGCAAAUAAAAAACACGUGGUAUUUGAACAAACGUUCAGGGAAAGAGGGAGAAACUCCAAAGGUCAUGUUAAGAGCUUUUCCUUCUCUUUCCCCUGUACCAGAUGUAGAAUUAAUGUCCGAUCAUGGUGAUCAAGACGAAAACGGAAUUGAAGAACUUAUUACAAGAUAGGUCUUACAAGAGAUAAGAACUUAUACCGGGUAAAGGGCUCCUACAUCCGGUCCACCCCUGCUCCAUUCUUAUUGCAAACAGCGCGGGUAAAUUCACAGUCUCCCUCGCAAUCGUUGUUAGUGUGGUCACGCAACGCUCCUCGAGCUCCUCAGACUCCUACUGCGAGGGAGACUAGUAAAUUUAAGGCAAGAAGAAUUCGUGAUAAUUGCGAGAAUUUCGCUACUUUGGAGUGUGAAAUUGGAAAAUGUGAAAGGCUUAAAAUUGCGCAAUGAUGAAGUGAAGUUACUAAGAAAUCGAUCCACGAAUAGGCUCCUCCCCAAAAAUACUAACGGGGGUUCUCGCCGUACCUACAACACCCGGUUUUCUGGGUAUGCACAAUACAGGAGAGUGCCGGUUCCCCCGUCCCCUUGCAGUGUUGUUAAGAAGCGCAGUUUGACAAAGCCUGGUCGAUUUUCAACUUGUAAAUGGGGAGGCGGGGAAAUUGAUCAAUGAUACCAAGUAGAACUCCCAACUCCCAACUAUUUUUUCCUGGAUUGUUGUGGGUUGCUAAAAUCUAAAACAGCCGUCAUUAAAAUCGUUGUUUUGGUACCCUAUUUUUAAGUCGAAUGAUGACUCGACGAUAGUGAAUAUUUUAGAAUUGGCCCCUCUUAGAAAAAUGAAAAUGAGAAUUAAUUGGAAGCGUGCCCAAAAAAUGGUAAGAAAACGGAUAACUCAGGUGAGUUAAAACUGACACUCACAAAAAGACAACAAAAUGGCGCCAAGUUUUCGACCACAAUCCUCAAUUCAGACGCAGGCUUUGUGCAAAACUGAUUAACGCCCUUACGAUUUUUACUCUUGCUCGUUAAUGCCGUGGAAAAACGUCUGCGCUGGGCUUACUAGUUAACAGGAUAUUCUUACUUUUUGUUAAAAUUGUUUCCGGCGCUGCCGAAGCUGGCAUCUAAAUAGAUUAAACAUUAAACAUCUAAACUGAUUAAAGCCGUUACGUUUUUUACACUUGCUCGUGCCGUGGAAAAACGUCUGCGCUGGGCUCACUAGUUAACAGGAUAUUCUUACUUUUUGUUAAAAUUGUUUCCGGCGCUGCCGAAGCUGGCAUCUAAAUGGCUUCAUCGCUACUUAGUCUGCUAUUUUCGAUAUGUUUUUGCCAGUUUUAAACAACCUAAGCGAGAUGAUUAACAUGCAUGAUAAUCUUUGUUGAACAAAGGAGAUCUUAGUGAACGCAGGCCGGAUCAGCGUUAAGUAGUCUUAUAAGAGGAUUAUCACAACUGGAUAUAAAAUUUUUAAGUGCGGAGCGAUGUCAAAAUUACGGGCGGAAUUAAAAGAAUAUAAAAGUUUUUGAAUUGUUAAUUACCUACAGGAG